AUGGAGCCGCGCGCGCUGCGCUCGGGGGCACGGGGAUGGGGCUCGGGGCCCCGGAGGCUGCUGCUGCCGCUGCUGCUGCUGCUGGCGCAGGCACCUGCGUGCACUGCGCCCCGGAGCCCCGGCGCCGAGCGUUCUUCCCUGCCGGCCGGCUGGGUGGAAGAGGGAGAGUAUGAGUUGGUGAGCCCCUACGAGGUGGACCCCGCAGGGGCCUAUGUGUCCCACGAGGUGGCCCACCCUCAGCGGAGGAGGAGGAUGCUGGCUCCGUACGGACCGGACGCACUCCACCUGCGACUCUCGGGCUUCCAGCGGGACUUCCACCUGGACCUGAGGGCGGCCAGCGGCCUGGUGGCCCCAGGGCUACGGGUGCAGACGCUGGGCCCCGGGGGCCGACGCUCCGUCCGGGCCUUCCCGCCUGACCAGCUCUGCUUCUACCAGGGCUCCCUGCGGGCCCACAGCAACUCCACUGUGGCCCUGUCCACCUGCACCGGGCUGUCAGGCCUGAUCCGGACCCCCGAAGCCGACUACUUCCUGACGCCCCUCCCCACACACCUGGCAGCGGGGGGCCUCGGCUCCUCAGGGGGGCCUGGGUCCCCCUCCCAUGUCCUGUACAAGCGAUCCACAGCCUCACAGGCCCCGGGGACGAGGACCAGGAUGGCGGCAGCCCGGACCCACAGGCCCCCCAAGGAUCCGCAGCUGCAAGGGGACUUCAGCCUCCGGCCCCCCAGGCCGCACUUCUGUGGACAGAGCAGGAAGUACAUGCCCCAGCCUCCCCCCAAGGACGCCUUCAUCCUGCCUGACGAGUAUGCGCCCCACUCCCGGCCCAGGCGCUCACUCCAGCGGACACGCACCAACGAAGAACACAAUGUGGAGAUGCUGGUUGUGGUUGACAAGGAGAUGGUACAGAACCACGGCCAGGAGAACGUCACCACCUACGUGCUGACCAUUCUCAACAUGGUGUCGGCUCUGUUCAAAGACGGGACGAUCGGCGGGAACAUCAACAUCGCCGUCGUCGGGCUGAUUCUUCUAGAAGAAGAACAGCCGGGGCUGGUCAUCAGCCACCACGCAGACCACACUCUGAGCAGCUUCUGUCAGUGGCAGGCGAGCCUGCAGGGACAAGACGGCCGCCGGCACGACCACGCCAUCCUGCUCACGGGCCUGGACAUCUGCUCCUGGAAGAAUGGCCCCUGCGACACGCUGGGCUUCGCGCCCAUCAGUGGGAUGUGCAGUAAGUACCGCAGCUGCACCGUGAAUGAGGACUCCGGCCUCGGACUGGCUCUCACGGUGGCGCACGAGUCUGGACACAACUUCGGCAUGGUCCACGAUGGGGAGGGCAACGUGUGCAGGAAGUCCGAGGGCAGCAUCAUGUCCCCCACCCUGGCUGGCCGCAACGGGGUCUUCUCCUGGUCACCCUGCAGCCGCCGGGACCUGCACCGGUUCCUGAGCUCAGCCCAGGCCCUGUGUCUCACCGACCAGCCACAGCCUGUGAAGGAGUACAAGUACCCGGAGAAGUUGCCGGGUGAGCUGUACGAUGCCGACACACAGUGCAAGUGGCAGUUCGGGGAGAAGGCCAAAGUCUGCCUGCCGGGUUUCAAAAAGGAUAUCUGUAAGGCCUUGUGGUGCCAUCGGAUUGGAAGGAAAUGUGAGACCAAGUUCAUGCCAGCCGCAGAGGGCACCAGCUGUGGGCAUGAGAUGUGGUGCCGUGGGGGGCAGUGUGUGAAGCAUGGGGAUGAAGGCCCCCAGGCUACCCACGGCCAUUGGUCCGACUGGUCUCCCUGGUCCCCCUGCUCCAGGACCUGUGGAGGAGGGGUGUCUCACAGAGACCGCCUCUGCUCGAACCCCAGACCAUCACCCAGAGGGAAGUUCUGUGAGGGUGCGUCCCGGGUCCUGGUGCUCUGCAACCGUCAGCCGUGUCCCCCAGGUAGUGCUGACUUCCGGGCCCUGCAGUGUGCAGAGCACGACAGGAAGCAGUUCCGAGGGCGGCACUACAAGUGGAAGCCAUACACGCAGGUGCCAGAUCAGGACUCAUGCAAGCUCUACUGUAUCGCAGAAGGAUUUGAUUUCUUCUUUUCUUUGUCAAAUAAAGUUAAAGACGGGACCCCCUGCCGGGAGGACAGCCGUAAUGUGUGUGUGGACGGGAGGUGUGAGAGAGUGGGCUGUGACCAUGUGCUGGGCUCCGGCGCUGUGGAGGACUCCUGUGGUGUGUGCAGGGGAAACAACUCAGGGUGCACGACCCACAAGGGUCUCUACGCCAAGCAGCCGCGCGAGCACGAGUACUCCCAGAUGCUGGUGAUCCCCACAGGUGCCCGGAGCAUCCGUGUCUACGAGCUGAAUGCCUCCAACUCUUAUAUCGCUGUGCGCAGUGCCCGCCACCGGUACCACCUCAACGGGCACUGGGCUGUGGACUGGCCAGGACACUACAAGUUUUCAGGCACAACCUUUGACUACAGGAGGUCCGACAAGGAGCCGGAGAGCUUGAGCGCCCCCGGGCCCACCAACGAGACCCUGAUAGUGGAGCUGCUGUUCCAGGGCAGAAACCCAGGCAUCGGCUGGGAGUACUCAGUGCCCCGGGUCAGGGGAGAAACACUCAGCACCCAGCACAACUACUCCUGGGUGCUGGUCCCAUCCGCGUGCUCUGUGUCCUGUGGAGGAGGCCACCUGACCACACGAGAACGCUGCUACCAAGACUGGAGGGACCCGGUGGAUGCGUCCUUCUGCAACCCUGCCACACGGCCAGCGGCGGGCGUGCUACCCUGCGGGAACUCCGCCUGCCCCCCCAGCUGGUCCCUGGGGAGCUGGAGCACCUGCAGCCGGACAUGCGGCGGGGGCACGCAGAGCCGCGCUGUGGACUGCGUGCGCCGUGCCCGGCGCCAGCUGCAGCCGCUGCCUGCCGGCCUGUGUCCACAACCCACGCCCUCCCGGAGACGCGCCUGCCAGGUGCACAGCUGCCCGCCCGUCUGGGGCACCGGGCCCUGGGCAGAGUGCUCGCGGCCCUGCGGGAAGGGCUGGCGGAAGCGGACCGUGGCCUGCAGGAGCUCAGACCCCGCCUCGCCCAAAGAGGCGCUGCUGCCCGACGCCCACUGCGCCCCGCAGCCCAGGCCCAGCGCCCAUGAGCCCUGCGUGCGGAGACGCUGCCCCAGGCCCAAGAAGCUGCAGUGGCUGGUGUCCGCCUGGUCCCAGUGCUCCGCCUCCUGUGGCUCGGGGACCCAGAGGCGCGUCCGCAGGUGUGCCGAGAAGUAUGUUUCUGGGAAGUACCGUGAGCUGCCCACUGAGAGCUGCGGGCCCCUGAGGCCCCCCACCCUGGAGCUGGAGCAGGCCUGCAGCGAGGGUCCCUGCUCCCCACCUGCCCAGGGUGGGGGGCCCCUGCAGGCCACCUGGCUCGCCACCCCCUGGUCUCAGUGCUCAGCCAGCUGUGGGGGUGGUGUGCAGAGGCGGUCAGUGCAGUGUCUGCGGGGCGGCCGGCCGGCCCCCGACUGCCCCCUGCCCCAGAAGCCCGCGGCCUCCCUGGCCUGCAAUACAUACUUCUGCCCAGUGCCCAGGAUGAAGGACGCCCUCUGCAGAGACUUCUUCCCCUGGUGCCCACUGGUGCCCCGCCAUGGCAUGUGUGCCCACCGGUUCUAUGGGCAGCAGUGCUGCUGGACCUGCUCCAGGUCCAAUGUGUGA